AUGCGCAGGCUCAAUCCGGCGAUUGCGGUCGGCAUCGCCGCAGCGACGCUGAUGCUGAUGGAGGAGAAGCUUAUGGAGGAGAAGCUGAUGGAGGAGAAGCAUGGAGAUCAGAUGGUGGAGGUGGUAGAUCAGCAGGAGCAGGAGGAAAGAGAAACUUUACUGGUCUCAACUGUGUUGAUUUUGACCCAAGUGGACAACUACAGUGUGCUGGAUGAACAGGACUUGGCUAUCCCACGAGGAAGUGAGCGAAUUGCGAACCUGCAGAUGAAGAUGGCAAGAGAGCAUGACAUCUAUGGCAAGGACACAACGUACGACCUCAACUACAUCACCAGCUUGAAGCCGGGAGACGUGUCUGUAGCAGGAUACGAAGGUCUGCCGCAGGAGAAGGGAGGUCUGCCGGACUCAAAGGAGCUCGCGGCUGCCGAUGCCCUCCUUACUCAUGCGAUCUCCACACAGACCAUGCCGGACGGAAUCGACAAAGUUUGGGACGGAAAGCCGUACGUGCCUGAUGACGAUCUCAAGGAGAAGCUUUCCAAGGCAUGGGCUGGUUUCCAUCAGGCUGUGGGCGAGAAGCGCUGGGAGAAGAAAGUCUACGAGAAGUGCGGGCAGGCUGGAACCCUCGACCCCGCUUGCCAGGAGGUUCUGGGUGGAAAGCAUGAGGGCUACGAUACCAAGUGGGACGGUGAGCAGUGGACGCAGUGGAACGGGUUGGACUGGGUAAAGUUGGAGCCUGACGCAUGA